AGGCGCUUAGGCUCAAGCGGCAUCAAAGGCUCAAGCCAGAAACAGUUCGCGUGCAGGCAUCAUGGCAGUCGCUGUGCGAGGACGUCAGCUGCGCUUGACCAGCGCUCUGGUGUUGCUGGGACUCAUGGCUGCGUCCACCUGCUUCAUCGGCGCGUCGGCACCAAGGAGCCGGGGUGGCAUUGCGACAUACGCCGCUGCUGCCAAGGAGGCCGCUCCUUCCCCACCUCCGGCUGCAUCCUCGGGAUCCUCGGUGGCGCUGGUGAAGGUGACCAAGGAGAACAAGAUCGCCACCGCCGGCGUGUUGGGCGGCGUGGCGGGCCUGCUCUUGGGCGGUUUUUGGAUCGGCGCCGCCGGCUUCGCGGCGACCUCCUACUUGGCGAAGAAGGAGGAGGAUGACGUGGCCACUGCGCUGCAGAGCGUGUCCAGCGCAGCACUUGAGGCGGUGAAUUUUGCGGACUACGUGAACAGCAAGUACGAAGUGACGGACAAGGUGGGUUCGGCUCUCACGGAGGCACUGGACAAGAACGCUGAUGCCAAGGACUCGCUGAAGACGGUGAAGAGCAGCCUGGACACCGUGAAGGAGGCCAUCGACAGCUUUGACAAGGACGUGGGCAUCAAGGAGACCUUGGGCAGCCUGGUGCUGGCCGGUUCGGACCUGGCCAGCCAGUUGACCUCCAAGGUCGUAGAGCUGAACAAGGAAUACAAGGUCACUGACCAGCUCAAGGCCAAGAUUGAUGAAGCUUUGGAGAAGAGCUCGAAGAAGGCCUGAGAGUCUGAGUCUGAGCCGAGCGAAUGGUCAAUUCGCGCGGCAUGUGGACGGUUACAGAUCUGCGCUGGGCGGGUUUUUACGUGCGAACCGCCGGGUGGUUUUCCCUUUGCAUUUCGAUUGCCCAGGCCCCAGUUGCAAGCAGUGGCCGGGCCUUUUUUGUCCACUUUGGGUUGUGGGUCU